AUGUCGCCCAUCAUGUCCCCCAUCAUGUCGACCAUUAUGCACCCAGAAAUACAACUCCUCGCCUUCGCUGCUGGCGCUCUCUGCUACGUCGGAUACUUUUUUCGUGGCGAGCAUCACAUGCAUGGUAUGGCUUACAUCCAAGUUCACACUGUCCUGUUUGCAGCUUCGACCGCUCUGCUGUAUCGAUUGGGGUUCCCGCUGGUGGAGGCCUUAACGCAGACAGUCGUGUAUGAUGGUACCUUUUUGUUCGGUUUAUUUGCCAGUCUUUUUGUGUAUCGCGCUUUUUUGAACCCGCUCAACGCCUUUCCUGGACCAUGGAUUGCACGGAUCGCCACCUUUUAUGUUUCCUUUCGUAUCAAAAGAUUGCGAAUGUUCAAGGCUUUCGAAGACCUGCACGAAAAACACGGCUACUUCGUGCGUGUUGGUAGCCAAGAAGUGUCGAUUACGCACCCGAGUGCGGUUCAAGAUAUUUUUGGAGCCGAUUCAGUGUGUGAAAAAAGUUCGUGGUACGACAUCAGUCGGCCACAAGACUCCGUGCUUCUUCGUCGGACCUUUGCAAAGCAUUCCGAACGGCGUUCAAUCUGGAGUCAAGCCUUCUCUGUCAAGGCGGUCAGAGGCUACGAGACUCGAUUUCACCCGUAUAGGAGCAAAAUGCUUGCCGGACUCGAUGCUCACGGCGGUCAACCUGUGAACAUCACCCACUGGCUGGGGUUGUAUUCCUGGGACUCCAUGAGCGACCUAUCAUUCGGCCAUUCAUUUGGCUUGCUGGAUACCAAGGAGCUUCAUUGGGCAAUGAACGUUCUCGACAAAGGGAUGAGUAUAAUUGGUCGUCAUUUGCCAAUGUGGUUUAUUCGUCUUAUGAGCUCAAUCCCUGGCGGUAACAAGGACCUGAAGGCUAUGUUCAAAUAUUGCGAAGAACAAAUGCUUAUAAGAUGGAAGACUGAGCCAAAGGUGCCGGAUGUGAUGAGUGCCCUCUUUGUGCCAUACAGAAAAGGGCAGAAGCCUUUUGAUGCAACCGCGGUACAACUGCUGGCUGGAGAAUCACACCUACUUGUCAACGCUGGAAGCGAUACUUCGAGAAUCACGAUGAUUUGCACCUUGUUUGUACUUGCUCAACAACCUGAGCUCGCGAACAGGCUCCGUGAAGCAUUGGAACCCCAUGUCCCUCAAUCGCCCGACGAAAUGUUGCUGGACGACCAAAUCAUGAAUAUAGACCUUCUGAAUGGUAUUGUUCAGGAAGCACUUCGCCUGUAUCCACCAAGUCCUAGCCAUCCAACUCGGGUGACUCCUCCUGAGGGUACUAAGAUCGCUGGUCGAUUUAUCCCGGGCAAUACGCAAGUAAUGGCCCCUCAGUACGUCAUUGGACGAGACGAACGCAUCUUUCCCCGAGCGACUGAAUUCAUCCCUGAACGUUGGUACAGUCUCCCGGAGCUGGUCAAAGACAAUAAUGCAAUCGCGCCGUUUUCACUGGGGCCCAUGAACUGCGUCGGAAAGCGGCUUGCGCUUGCCAAUAUUCGAGUGACUGUUGCAACGAUCAUCAUGCGCUACAAUCUCAGUUUCCCCCGAACUCAAGCUGAUCCGGAAGCCGAUUUCGAAAACGGCUUGUAUGAGCAUUUCAGUUUGCAAUCCGGCCCCUUAUUCCUGUGCUUAGAGAAGCGGAACCAUAUGUGCUCAUUUCACUACAAGAGAGGUCGCGAUUACAAUGACCGCCAGCUUCGUUCUGGGAGAGAUCAACUGCCUGAGACCGGAGGCGGCGCUCUUCAUGCGUUUACUCACUCCAGAAGGGGGACGAUGAGAAGUGGGAGGAACUUGUUCAAGGCUUCCUGCGAGCUUGCUGUCGCAAAACAUAUAUGUGUCCUUGAAGUCCACCUUGCUGCCCGCGAACUGAUCGUGUAUUACAAGUACCGCGAGUCGCAAAGAUUAUGCGCCAAUCAACAGCCACUCUUCAUUGCCUGGAGUCCUACGGGGUUUGAGGAGAUAUCACCUGAGUCAUCUAUCAAAGACUAUCAUGAAACUACAGCUAUUGCAAUCGUUGUGGAAAACAUGUGCGGAUUUUCUGCUUGUAUUCUGCUUUCAGGGGCAAACACCAAUGGCCAGAGUAACAACACUCGUUGCAACGGGGAAGCAAACGGUGACCACCAAACCAACGGCGUAACAGGGGGAUUCGCGGCAGAUCUCAAAGCUUCAAUUGAUCUCAUCGCCCACCGUGGUCCAGACGACUCGGGAAUAUGGAUUAGUGAGAACGAGCAAGUCGGGCUAGCUCACUGCCGACUGUCCAUCAACGAUUUAUCCUCUGCAGGACGACAACCCCUUCACAGCAGCGACAACCAAAUUCAUGCCGUGGUGAACGGCGAGAUCUACGACUACGAUCGUCUUCGACAUGAAUGCGAAACUGCUCACAACUACCCCUUUCAGAGCGACAGUGACAGCGAGCUUGUUUUGGCCCUCUAUAAAAUUUACGGCGCCCCUGAAUUUCUCACGCAUCUGCGAGGCGAAUUCGCCUUUGUUCUCUAUGAUAACCGUGAAGGAGGUCAGCGCGUGAUCUGCGGACGUGAUCGUUAUGGAAUCAAGCCACUGGUGUAUACUCGCGUUGGGUCGAAGCUGCUCGUCGCCUCCGAAGCCAAGGCAUUCUUGCCCUUGGGCUGGAAGCCGCGCUGGGACGUGCGUGCGAUUGCUGAUGCUGGAUGGAUGUUUGAUGACCGGACGCUGUUCCGCCAAGUUCGGAAGGUCUUGCCUGGGCACUAUCUCGAUAUUACAGAACUUGGUGGUGUGCAGCAGGUCAGGUAUUGGGAUGCUGAGUACGAAGACAAGAGUAAACCCGAAACUCGCACCAUCGAUGAAAUGGUAUCUGGCGUUCGCGAAAGGCUGGUCGAGUCUGUUCGUCUUCGCCUGCGUGCUGAUGUCCCUGUCGGCAUCUACUUGUCUGGAGGUAUCGACUCUUCCGCCAUUGCCGGUAUAGUUACGGAACUUGCACGCAAGGAAAAGGUCAAAAUAGGAAAUGAAGAGGCGACUCGUGUUACCUGCUUCAGUGUAGCAUUUCCUGAGACAUCCGGCUACGAUGAAUCACAUAUUGCCGAACGCACGGCCGAAUGGCUCGGAGUGAAGACUAUCAAGAAGACCAUCACGGAGGAUACUCUGGCGGAAGACUUUGAAGACGCCGUAUUCCACUGCGAGCAUCAUCACUUUGACCUCAACUUCGUGGCCAAGUUUGCACUCUCAACUCUCCCCCGUGAACACGGCGUCAAGGUCGUCCUGACCGGUGAAGGCGCCGACGAGCAUUUCGCUGGUUAUCCAUACUUUCCUGGCGAAUUCCUUCGCGAAGCUGAUGAAGCUAUGCCCGACUCCCAAUUGUCUAAAAACAGUGACCUUCGAAACGAGAUGUUCAAGUCGGUACAGAAGGAAAUGAAAGCAAUUUGGCAAAAAGCUGGUGCUACAGUGCACAAAGAUAGACCAGCCCUUGCAUCCAUCGCAGGAGUGGGAGCAACGGACAUGAGUGAUAAUCUGUUGGCGUGGCAUCCUACGGCCACUCUCUUUGCUCCAUGGCUACGCGCUCGACAUAAUAACCAUGAUUGCCGCAAAACGGUCCUGAACUCGCACCCGAGCGAUGUUCAGGCCAAGAUGCGGUCACGAUGGCACCCUUUGCACACGGCCAUGUACAUGUGGAACAAGAACUCGUUGGCCAACGUUCUAUUGUCAUGUCUUGGCGAUCGUACAGAGAUGGCACACAGUGUUGAAGCACGCACACCAUUCCUAGACCACCACCUUGCCGAGUACGUCAACCGUUUGCCGCCCAGCGUCAAACUGCGCUACUCGGCCGACACUGAAAGUGACACUGGUGAAUUGGGCCCGAUCUGGACUGAGUCCAGCGUAGCCUUGCAGUCACUUAAUGAAAAAUGGAUAUUGCGCCAGGCGGUGCGUCCAUACAUUACAGACGAGCUGUACAAACGGAAGAAGCAUCCUUUCCUUGCGCCGACUCGGUGGGCGGUGGACGGGCCAUUGCAUCGCAAGUUCAAAACGUUACUGACGCAAGAAGCUGUGGAAGGGCUAGGCUUUAUUGAUUGGGAGACAAUCCAGGAGGCCAUGGACAUUGCUUGGGGCGAGAAUUCUGACGCGAAGGCCUUCAGACUCUUGAUAUAUUGUGGUGCUUGGGUAACGCUUAGCGAACGCAUGGGCGUGGCGCAAGCGGCCGAAUCUGAUUGGGAAGCCACUGUAACAUAG